GUGGUUGUGCCCUUGUGAUUGGCUGGUUUGUCCGUAUGACCUUGAGUAGCUAGCGAUGACAGUUAUUGUUUUUCUGCUUGACAACAGCGCAGCAAUGAACCAGCGCACUUUUCAAGGCACUACGUUACUAGACGUAGCAAAAUCUGCGAUAGAGAUUUUUUCAAAAUGAGGAUGAGCAAAUCAAGAGUAGAUCGUUAUUUUGUGCUUACUUUGAAUUCUGACAUAAGUUAUGUCAAACUUACCGGUUGGAAACAGAAUGUUGAUCUUCAAUUACUUCAUUCUACCUUAAAUAAUAUAAAACCAGACGGUUUAGUUGAUUUGUCAACUGGUAUUCAAAGAGCAUUCCGGAUGUUAAAUAUAAAUAGAUUGCAACUCGGACUGGAAAAUUAUGGGAUGGGGAUUUAUCCAUCAUGUAUUGAACCCUCUGUAAUAAUAUGUAUUACUACUAGCAUAGGCUCAUACAGUUUUGAUGGCCAAAUUUUCAAUGAUGCAUCUAUAACUUCCAUAGAAUCUGCCGUUCUUGGGAAUGUUUUGACAAAAGAGACUUUCCGUUGGGAUUACCGCAUGUAUUCUCUGGUACUUCGUUUUCCCGCAUUUGUCAGUAAUAUUCAUGGUGGUAGCUCCAUAAGAUCAGAAACAAUCUUGCCGCUUAAAAGACUUGCGGAAGAAACUGGUGGUGAAAGUUGUGAUGUUUACGACGGUCGGGAACUCCACCAGUGUCCUGAUUCUCUUGUCACAAAAUGCCAACCUGGUGUGGUUUUAAAAUUACGAAGGUCUACUGACUGCGUUGAUGCGGCUCUCCAAGAGAAAUUCGUAAAGCAGUUGAUGUCAGUUAAGCUAAUGGGAAGGUCAUCGUCUUGGCCUAUCCCAGAACAAUUUUGGCCUGAUGAUGAGAUGCUAGCAUCAGAGUUGCCACCUAGAAGUGCACAUCCUGAAGUCCUUGUAUCUAAAGUUCCUGUGAUGGAACCCGAGUUGCCCGAGUAUUUCCCCGUCGACCGUUACGAGUUGACUCCAUCACAUUUUACGAAAGAGUUUCUAAAUUCGUCGGAGCAAAAUAUGGUUUGGCGGUGUUUCAGCUAUGGUAUCAAAAAGAGUCAGAAUGCACCGUUUGGUUAUUUAAAAGUAUCAAGUGAUCUCCAGUCAGUACAUCUGCAUAUACUUCCUUACAAUUAUCCUGUAUUUCUUCAGUUACUUGGUGAUAUAUGUGAUCAUAAACGUAUGACGGAAGCCUGGGGUCAUCAGUUUGUGAACUAUCUAGGAACCAUACCGAAAUAUUACUUUAUGCUCCUAGCGAAGGCGUUUGAACGAAUAGGGUUUGUCGGGAUGAUUAAGCCUGAAGUUAUUGACCGUGCACUUCCUUAUCAAUUGAAACAAAAGGAAGAAUGUAUGUGUCUUGGUACAGUUAUGCAAACAAGUACGGUAGAACAACCCGUUGUACAAUUGGUCAUUAUAAUAAUUGUUUCCAUUACACCAAUCGCGUUAUCUUGA